UAUUAUAGAGCUAAGGGCCCCCGUUGCUGCAGAAAUACCGUGGAUACCAAAAGCGAGCCUCAACUGUAAAGCAUAGCUUGCAUAUCUGUCUUAUGUUACGAAUAGCGUUUACAUGAUUCGAUAGCUGUUCCGAGUGACUCUCCAAGCCUAACGCACCAAAAGCUAAGUGAACGCAAACCCGUUCACCCAUUGGCCAACACGAGCGUGUUUGAUGUUCGCGUUUCGGCAGACGGUCGCUUCAUCGCCACAUGUCAGAGAAUAAUACUGCAUGGAAAAUAGGACAACUGUUCGCAAAAUAUAAGAUUAAAAACCAAAAUGGAUGAUGAUAAUAUGACAACCGAAUACCUAGGUAUUUUCGACUCGAAUAAUGCUACCGAGCCUUCACCCGAACAUGGCUUGGCCUGCUUACCAUGGAAACCUCUCCAAGGUGGACUAUUCCAGCUAUCGCAAUUACUGUUUCUGCUCGGUUACUGUGCCCCUGUAUCAGGGUUUGCUGCCGUAUUUGUUAUGCAUCUUCUAAUUGCUCUGGCGUUCAUACUGAUGGCCGUCUGGGGCUGGGUCUACCACUGUGCACUCGACGUCUUCAUGUGGUGCAUGACACUAACACUUCUCAAUCUUUGCCAUGCGGGUUACGCCGGCUACCGUAUUCGACCAGCCAAGUUAACACAAGAGGAGAAAGAUCUUUUUUUGCGCGUCUUUAAACCGUUCGGUGUUCCCAUGCACACGUACCAGCAACUAUGCAGACUUGGAAAAAUAUAUUCUUUGAAAAUAGGAGAGCACUAUGCGACCGAGAAACGGACAGGAAGCAAUAGACUUGGAAUGAUAAUUUACGGAAAGGUGAAGGUUUUCCAUCAGGGGCAAUUCCUGCAUCACAUUUCAGAAAGUGAAUUUCUUGACUCUACUGAAUGGCAGUCGUUUUCAAGUGAAAGUGAUGUAUUUCAGGUGACAAUGACGGCAUCUUCGUACUGUAGGUACAUCAUUUGGCCAAGAGAGUCUCUUUUGGAAGCCCUGACAUCGGAGCCAUAUUUACAAUGUGUUUUCAACAACCUGAUCGGCAACGACAUCGCCAAUAAGCUGGGUCAACUGAAUGAACGCAACUCUGUGAAAGGGGCCCCGAAACCGGACAUUAGGCUGCCAAAUGUUUAUCAGAGGCCAGCAAAUCGAUAUAAUAUGAAAGGUCAGUCGGGGACAGUCGCUGUCUGCGGCGCUGCUAUACCAAUGGGCCUAACAGGCCUACUAAAUCCACUGGCGCGUUUGGGUAGCGUGUACAUUUUUAAGAGGUUUUAGGUAGCUAGCUUUAUUGUGCUCCAUACCAAUGUAUUUCAUGACAACAGCAGAAGCACCCUUGAGAUGUUGCGAUACUUGUGACGUGUGGAAGAUUUAACAACCAGCCAGUAUCGUCUGUUUUAUCGCCUGCGUUUUGAAGAUGGCUCAUUAGGAAGUUGAAUCGACAGCUGUGUCCACAGUUGCUGAUUACAAGAGAAGGGAAUGAACCUAAUCAACAAAGUGAAACCAAAGUGGAAGAGGCAUUAAUUUAAUUAAACCUAGUCCUUUAACAAAAAUAUGCUCAGAUAUUACAUUGUUUUAAGAUGACCCUUGGCUUCUCAAAAGGUGCAAAGUUGUGGUAAUUUUUGACAGCGAACCUAUUCCAUCUUCACAUUGGUAGAUUAAUUAUUGUUAAUUACACAUUUUUGUAAUCUACAUCUGGGUAUAUCACUUUUUUUUUGCUGUGUCCUGAGUUGAUGUGAGAAUAGGAGUAAUUUAAUUUUUAGCAUGGUGUACGCACACGUUAAUACUGACAAUGAUUUAUCGUUUGAAUAUCACUCCAUACAAUUAUCGACAUAACGUUUAGAUAACCAAUUUGCUUUUUCAAAAUUGCAUCAAUUUCCAAAAUUCCAACACUAAAUGUCUGUUUGAUAAACAGGAUUACAGUAUUCAGUAGGAAAUCGUGUUCAAUUACAUUUUACAGUCCUCAAUAAUAUUAUUAAUAAUAACAGUAGAAACU